AUAGGACUGUGAGCUCAAAUCAAAAGUUCUGGCAGUCUGACUUCCAUCCUCUAGCCACGGACUUCAGUGAGCUUGCUGAGGAGCACGUACUCAUCAAAUUCAUUAGUUUCUGGAACGGGCAGUAACUUCUGGAGGGAAAGAUGACUGAUGCAACUUCUAAAUAUGCCUGUGUCUCUGAAUGACAGAAAAUAAGACAGGAAAGGGUGGAGAAUGACAGAAAAAUGUGAAUUUCCACAGAGCUGACACUGACUCUGAUGGACUGGUACCCUACCGUUACUGUCUUUGCAUAUCCUGAAGAGACACUCUCAGCUCACGCUGAGAGGCAUAAUUUCUGAACAUCAUAAGAUAUCUCACUUUCAGAACUGGAGUUGGGACAAUGUGUUGCUUCCUUUAAUUACAGUCUGAGAAUUAGUUUCAGAUGUGGAAGAAUACAACAAAAAGAAAUGAAAAAGCUGCAAGUCAUUUAAUGACCAAAUAAGAUUGCCAUUCUCAUUGAUUUAUCUGAUAUGCUUCUCCUGGAGCCAUGGAUGAAUACAACCGCUUUGUGGAUUGGGACAAAAUGGAUGUUACUGUCCAGAGCCAGGAUGCGAAGGAGCUAACAUGCACAGAGUUCCAGGAGCUCAAGCAGCUGGCCCGGCAGGGCUACUGGUCCAAGAACCACUCUCUGAGAGCCAAAGCGUACCACAAACUGAUUAGCAAUAUCCCAUGCCGUACAGUGACCCCAGAUGCAAAUGUGUACCGGGACAUUGUUGUGAAGAUUGUUGGAAAACGUAACAGUAGCUCCCUUCCGCUACCAGAGUUUGUGGAUAACAGCCUGGUCCCCACGUAUUGCUUGAAUGCAGAAGGCAUCGGGGCAGUCAGGAAGAUUAUAUUGUGCAUUGCGAAUCAGUUCCCAGACAUAUCGUUUUGCCCAGCGCUGCCUUCUGUGAUAGCUUUGCUCCUCCACUACAGCAAAGAUGAGGCAGAGUGCUUUGAACAGGUUUGUCGCAUCCUUGCUUGCAAUGACCCAUCUAAGCGGCUCAUUGAUCAGACGUUCUUAGCUUUUGAGUCCUCCUGCAUGACCUUUGGUGACCUGGUUAACAAGUACUGUCAGGCGGCACAUAAGCUGAUGGUGGCAGUGUCCGAGGAUGUGUUGGAGGUAUACUCCGACUGGCAACGGUGGCUCUUCGGAGAACUGCCUAUGGUGUAUGUUGCUCGGGUCUUUGAUGUGUUUCUGGUGGAGGGCUACAAAGUUCUCUAUCGUGUUGCGCUGGCUCUUCUGAAAUUUUUUCACAAGGUCAGAGCUGGGCAGCCCAUGGAGUCUGACAGCAUACAGCAGGACAUUCGAGCUUUUGUGAGAGACAUUGCCAAGUCAGUGUCUCCAGAGAGGCUUUUGGAAAAAGCUUUUGCUAUCCGCCUUUUCUCACGGAAGGAGAUCCAGCUUCUGCAGAUGGCCAAUGAGAAGGCUUUGCAGCAGAAGGGCAUCACGGUCAAACAGAAAAGUGUUGCAUCUCCCAAAAGGCAGAAUGUGCACUUAGCAGUUCAUGCUGAGAACUUCAAGUCUGAAAUUGUCAGCGUGAAAGAGAUGCGAGAUAUCUGGUCAUGGAUCCCAGAGCGAUUUGCACUUUGCCAGCCCCUCUUGCUUUUUACCACCUUGGAACAUGGCUGUAGUCUGAGCAGGUUCUAUUCUCACAGCGAGGGACACGAACCAACUCUUCUCCUCAUCAAGACCACAGCAAAAGAGGUCUGUGGUGCUUAUCUGUCAACUGACUGGAGCGAGCGCAGGCGAGGAGGCAACAAGCUGAGUUUCUUUGGAACUGGGGAAUGCUUUGUAUUUAGGCUGCAGCCAGAAGUGGAACGCUACGAGUGGGUGAUCAUAAAACACCCAGAACUGGCCACGACUGGUUCAGAGCCAGAAAAUCAUGCCUCGCCAGCUUCCAGCACCCUCUGUUCCAGCAGUGUCCCAUCAGACCCCUCAGAUCGCCUUUCUCCCUUCUUAUCGGCUCGGCACUUCAACUUGCCUUCCAAAACAGCCUCCAUGUUCAUGGCUGGCAGCAGUGAAUGCAUCAUUAUAGGAGGUGGUGAUGGCCAGGCUCUUUACCUCGAUGCAGAUCUGAACCACGGAAGAACCAGCCACUGCAAUACUUUCAAUAAUCAGCCAUUGUGUUCUGAAAGCUUCCAGAUCUCUGUCUUGGAGGUGUGGGGCUUCAGGGACACCAUGAAUGGUUGAUGUGACUAUCAUUAAUUAACUAGUUUUUCAAUUGUCCUAGGAUUCCCAAGGCAAACUCUAAUGCAGGAGCCAAGUUAGAACAUAACUUCUGCUGGGCUCAGUGUUUUUUAGUAAUUACUAAGUGGUGCAAUUGAAUGCAGGGCUUAGUUGUUUACUCUUAUUUUAAGACAGGUCAAGGUGAAGUAAUGUAUCUGAUUAACUCCUUAGCUCUUUACCUCUAGAGAUCUGGAUUCAGGUCCUGUUACUAGGUAAAAAUAAAUAUGUAAUGAUUUCAAACCAUCCUAAAUGGAUACAAGUCUGUAUCACGGGAUAGGUUUGCAAUUUGAUUUAAUUCUUCAGAGGCACAGAGCUGGCUGAGGUGUACUGUAGAGUUCUGUGCCACUGGCACCAGUAUCUGGCUUAAGCCAGUAAUAUCAAAUGUCUGCUCACAGGGAACAUUGGUGACCUCAGAUUCGAUGUAGAACAGUAGUUCAUAAAAUCAUUGCCCUACCAUAAGUAGACAUUGUGCAGACAUAUCAGUACCAUUUUGUAAGUUAUGAGAGCCCUCAAUUCACACAAGAGCUAUGAUUGCUAAUUAUUCUUCUCCUUGUAUCUGAACCCUUGACACAUUCCAGUUUCAUCUGUUUGAGGAGUUUGCCUCUGAGAAAGGCAUCCAGACUGGACAACAAUAUCUCAAAGGCUUGAUUUUGUUUACAUUCCUAUUCCAUAUCAGUAUAAUGACUUCAGACUGACUCAUGUUUCAGGCAGCUGAAAGCUACAGUGUAUAUGCAGUGCUCAGAAACCUCCCUUUCUUCGUCUUUCCUGGAAGCUUAAAUCUGAGAACAACUGUGCUGAUAUCACUAUGUGUUUGGGGAAUUAGACAUUGCGAUACAGAAGCUUAAAGCUCUCCCCACAAGUAAAUGAAGGGAGGUAGGAGGGAAAUCUUCUGUGUAAUAUUAUUCUGGGAGUGGACAAGUUUCCCAGGAGAACUCUAGGCGACACUGUUUCUCCAUAUCAUGAGUCUUCCCUGUGAUGAGAACCUGAAAAAGGUAAUGCUUUUUUGCCAGCAGUGUUCUGGUAGGGUUUGGAUGAUGCAAAGAGGCUUUUGCUCAUUCCUGAGAAUUCAUACAGUUCUCUGCAAGCAUGCCCUGUGGCUUGUGAUGUCUGGAGGCAAUUGUCUAGUGUCUUUAUCUAAAACUUGCAGUAUCUGCUGUAGGACUUCUCCCACGUGAAGCACAAGUACAUAAACAUUGAUGGAUAGUCCAGAGCAUAUGACAGGAUGCUCUCAAAGCUUCAGUGGGUAAUUCACUAGUAAGAUGAUUUACCACAACAAGUAAAAUGAAGAGAAAAAGGAAUUGCUGGUUUUUUCAGCAGUUCAAUCUAAAAAAUUGCUUUAGAGUGGGGGAAAUGUUAUUACUACUUAAAAUUUAAGUUCAUUAAAAGGAAAAAAGAAAAAUUUGUAGGGAUUAAAUCUCAGUGAAGCUGGACAGUGUUAUGUUAAUAUUCAGAGGUCACAGGUGAGUCUUGUUGGUAAUGUUGGCUUGUUUAGCUUGCCAUCAAUGAAAGUACCAUUUGUCUUGGUAAAGUGUUGCCUCUUGCAAAGUAUAUGAACAACCUUGGCAAAAAUGUGAUUUGCUUCUUAAGGUGCCAUUUUGAAUUUUUGUCAAAAUAACUCUUUGAAAUAUUAGACUUCAUAUACAACAGUUCAAGAUGUCUUUUGCACCAUUUAUAUUUGCAUUUAGAUUAUUUCACCCUAUGUGAGAGUCAGUACUAGGCCUCUUUCUUUCCCACUUCCCACUCAGUUCUGUCCAGCUGGCUUUUUGUAGUUUACCGUAAGCUUGAUUGAACUAGAAGGGAAGGUAUAAUUCAGUUAUACUUACAUAUUUUGAGGAGGAAGAACUUGAGCAGUCAUAUCUGGCUUUUUACAAAUACUGACUGAUGCUGCCUUCUAUUGGUUUUUUUUUUUCAAAGUUAGUUGCAUCACUUUGCACUUGCUAGUAUCCCACAAGCUUCCUCAGACAAAACAAAUGUAUCCCAUUUAGUAGGCUCUCUUUAAUGUAGGUGGUAUUUCAGUUUUGUCUCUAUCUCCUUUCGAGCUUGUUUUAGGUGCCCGUUAAAAAAAAACAAAAAAAAAAACAAACAAAAAAAACCAACAACAAACAAACAAACAAAAAAAAACCCACCACACAUAAAAAAACCAAAAACACAAUAGCAUUCAGCUUGUUAGAAAUUCCCUCAAGCUGUGUGUUGGCAGGAUUUGUGGGACUUUAGUAUUACACUCAAAAUUAAUAGGUUUUAUCUGCAAAAUCUUUCCUGCAGCUGGCAGUGGUGAUGUGAUUUUUCUCACUCCCCAUCCCUGCUGGAUGCAGCUAUGUCAGCGAAACCCGAGUACUACACCAUGUCUUAAGCCAUAUCUAAGAGACACUGUUUCUUUCCCUGCCCUGUUCUUAGCGCACAGAGAUUUGGGUGUUUGAAAUCAGAAAUAACUCAUAGUUGCUCAGAAAUUCAUCAUAGGAUAUUAGUGUGAGAAGCCAAGGAGCAGUACUGAAAAUCAGUGAGGUUUUGGCAUCUGAGUCUCGAGCAUCUUUCAAAAAUCAAUUGCAGGCCUCAGCUCAGCUUCCCUUGUGCCAGAUGAGUACAACUUCUAACACCCCCAGCAGCGAAGGUCCACAAAAGACCCCUUUUUGGUAGCUUAUCUAGAUGGCCAACCAGUCGCUCACAUGGGACUGAAGGUAAAUCUUCAUUCUUGAAGUAAGACAUUACGCUGGGUGGCUGACAGUGUCUUAACAGCUGCUCUGUGGCUAUGCAUUAGCAGCUGGUGUGGGUGUGCUUGGAGCACACAUUUGAGCAAUGACCUGUAUGAGUUUGCAAAUCACAGCAGUGGGGAAAAGGGUUGACAGGUGAUCCUCCUUCUGCUGACUGUAUUCAUAUCAAUCUCGGGGCACGUGUCGCAGGGAUGGUUUUAGGUUGAUACAGGACUACCCUGCUGCAGACAUCCUGCAGGACUAGCAUGUGUUUUAAACCUGAAUAGCCUGAAUAAGCAAGAGGCUGCAAUAAUCUAGCAAGAGGAAUUGUACAAUGCUGCAUCAUCUUCAUGAAAUCCUUUUGUUCAGUAAAAAUGAAUGUCCUUUUCAUGUGCAGAUCCCUAUGUAUAAUUCUCCUUAUGGGUGCGAGACACCUUAGAAGAACAGCAUUGUGACUUGGUUUUCUUUCCAGUAGCAAAGAAGCAUUUUUUUUGUCUGUGUAGUUAAUGGUUGUUGCUGACCAAGUGUAUAUCAAAGUUCCAGUAAUUAAGCCAACAGUUUAUUUUGCUUGCAAAACUCUUGAGGUGGAGACCACAGACUGGUUUUUAAAACAAUUACUACAAUGGGCACCUUAUCAGACAGUUAAAAUUAUCUGAAGUACACGAGCUGUGAAGUGCUUUGGUCAGUUGUUGCUCUGAACAACUGUUGAUGUAGUUUGUAGUCCCUGUUUGUAGGCGAGAGAGUGCCAGUGUCACUUGAUUAGCUGUUGGGUGUGGAGCUGGAGAGCUGAAGGCUGGGUGUCAGCUACCACAGUUCUUCAGGAGCGUAUUUGCUUUCCCAAGAAGCCAUUUUUGCUUUGUAAUAUUCUCUUGAAGGCAGAAAACACUAGAAACUCCUGACAGCAGAAACUUGAAUUUAUUGUAAGUGGCAUCUAAGCUGUUUCCAGGCCACGGGAACUGUUUCCAGCUGUCAGCCAGACUGGACAGACUUCAUCACUGCACCCAAACUGUCAUUCCUACAGAUCAUGCACUUUGAUAUGCUCCCUUUUCUGAUGAAGCAUGUUAAUUGGCCUCCUGUUAAUAGAGGCCAGUUCACAAUAGAGGCCAGUUCACAAACGGAAGGGAAGAACUCUCAUUUCCUCUUGAGUUGAGAUAACUGAAGACAGAUUGGAGGGGCAGGCAGUACUGUUCUUUAAAGAGUUAAACUUCAUGCCAAUAGAGAUCUGUGUUUAGCCAUGGAGGGGUGGCACUUGCAGAUCGAUCAACUGCUAUUCAUGUGUGUGCAUUGAAAUUGUGUACUUUGUCCUGGGAAAUCCAUCCUCAUUUUUGAUGGGGCAUGAGGUCCUCUGCCCACUGACCACACAGUCGCCACAGAGACACUGAUGCCCCAGCCAGCAGGGACCAAGAGCUCACCUGCAGCUGCGGCACUGGAAUUGCUUGGCUCCUGCGACUGACGCCUGGAGUCCUAUUGUUGGAUAGAUCGGAGGCUUGGGUACCUGGCUGUUAAUGUUGAGAUGCCUUUCUGCUAGCUCUCUGUCAUGAAUUUCAGACUAUUCAUAGUUGAGAUGAGUGUGCGUAUUAUUUGGGGUGAUGUUUUUCUUCAGAUGAGUGGUGGUGUGUGCUGCUGAAUUGGUUUUCUACCCUACCAUUGGAAUCACUGCCCUACAUUGAUGGUAUUUUUGUCACUGUGCAGAAUCUUGGAUUAUAUUAAAAGGUGUUUGACUGUG